GGCCGUGUGGCAUACCCAGUUGCCCGUGUGAGUCAAAACGCGGCGUAUCAAUUAGUUCGAUCUUCGGGCUUCCCACACGGCCAGGGUCGCACGGCCGUGUGGGAUUUCCAUCCUGCCCGUGUUUGCUCUCGCAUAAUUCCACACGGACAAACCACUCCUUCACACGGCCGUGUGGAUGUCAGGGCAAGCCGUGUGAAGGCUCGCACAAUCUAACGGCUCCACAAUCAAACGGCUCCUUCACAAACAAACACAACCUAGCGUGAAAUCGGCCUAAAACACGAGAAUUACCAUCUCAAACGGCUCCAGAAUAGGGGUAAAAACUUGUGCAAUUAACGGCUUAUCAGGCAGCCUAUUAGGCUGACCCUAGAUAGACCAGCACUGCCUCGUCUUUUCUUUCCAGACGAUCUUAUCCUCUUUGUUGAAGCCACACGAGUGUGCAGGUUUAGGAGAUCAUAACAUGCUUCAAUAGCUUUGGUGUGUCCUCAAGCCAGCAGGCUAGUAAACCCAAGUCACUGAUAGACAGUUAUGCAAACACUACCACCGCCCAGAGGCAAAUGCUGAGCGAAGAGCUUGGGAUCUUGGAGACCACUAACUUUGGGCACUAUUUAUGAGUGCAAGUCAUUCAUGACCGGGUGUCCAAAGCCACCUUUAGUGACCUUAUUGAUCGUAUUCAUUCUUGUCUUGCAGGCAUGGUCCAUGAAACUGUACCGUACCGACGGUUCAACCACAAAAUACCAGUAUCGGAGGCUAAAUCGGUAGGUGGUAUUUAACGAUCUAACGGUUAAACCACGGUUUUAUCAUAAAAUAUCAUACCGCUGACUUUUUCGGUAGGAUAUCCGUACGGUUUCAUGGACCAUGCUUGCAGGGUGGAAAGUUGGGGAAUGGAUCCCAUGCAUAACCUUGUGGUGAGUAACCAUGCAUAACCCAAUCACUAUCCGCCACAUUAGUACACAUUCUCUCUCCUGAAAGUCUUUGAUUCCCCUUAAUCUUUAAGAGAUGAUUUCUCGCUCAUUUUAAGUCGGAAUUUAAUUAUUAUUAUUUUUUUGCAUAGUUAGAUCAGAUUGUGUUCUUCAAAAUGAUAUCCACUUUGAUAUAUUUUGGAAAUAAAAAAAAUUUGAGUCAUUUUUUACUAGCAUAUACCAAAUGGUAUCGACUGAUAUUAAAUAAGAGCAUACCAUAUGGUUAGGACUGGAGGUUCGGUUUUUUCGGUUAUAACCGGUAACUAGGGAUGGCAAUUUUGACCUGACCCAUUGUACCCGACCUGUUUGGCCUGUUUUGAGGCGGGUCCGACCCGUCCCGUAGGCAGGACGGGGCGGGCAUGGGUACCUCUCAACGACCCGACCUGACCCGCCCCAUUCUCGACUCGUUAUUGCCUAAAUUACAUGGAAUCUUAGUUAAAUUACAUAGGAUUUUCCUUUUAUUAUCUCAUAUUUUAGCUAUAAAAAGUUGUAAAUAAGUGAAAACCUCAAUUUCUCUAAUAAUUUAACUACAUUUUAUCAUAUUAUGGUUUGUUACUUGGUCUUUUAAUGAAAAUAACGAAUAUUUCUAACAUUUUAACAUAAAUUACAUACCCAUUGGGUCGACCUGCCCCGACCCGCGCCCCGUGAUAAAUUACCCGACCUGCCAUGGGGCGGGUAUGGGUAUCGAGAUACCUGACCCGGACCUGCCCCAUUGCCAUUCCUACCGGUAACCGAACGGUCGGUUACCGGUUAACCGAGAUACAAGGCAAAGCUACCGCAACCGACAGCCUUCCUCAGUUAUCCGACAACCGACCGGUCGGUUACCGGUUAGUUGCUCGGUUAACCGAGCUAACCGCACAACACAGGCGGUGGUUACUGGUGAUUGCUCGUGGACUGGUCGGCGGAGGAAAUGCGGCGGGGGAAAAACGGCGGGGACUGGUGCUGGUGGCGGAGGAACAAUGGCGGCCGGCGGGGGACUGUGUGGUUGGCGGCGAGUUGGGAAGCUGGUCGGGGAGGAGAUGGCGGAGCACCCGAGCAGGGGCGCGGGUCGAUGAGGGAGAUGGCGGAGCAGGAGACACUCUGGUCGCUGCGUCGCUCUGGUCGCGGCUUCGUCUGAAGCCACUUCUGUGGCCUGGGAAGAAGAGAUGGAGGCUGAGGGACGAGAUUGAUUCGAUGUAACCAUUCGCAAAUCGGGAGGGAGGAACUGGGCGGCGACGGUCGCGAUGCAGAGAAAGGAAGGGGAAUUGCGAAUUGGGAAUUGGGGAAGAAGAGAUGGAGGCCGAGGGACGAGAUUGAUUCGCGGUAAGUCGGUAACCAUUCGCAAAUCAGGAGAGAGGAACUGGGCGGCGACGGUCGCGAUGCAGAGAAGGGAAGGGGAAUUGCGAAUUGGCAAUUGGGGAAGGAAGGACGAAGGGGAAUUAGGGUUAGGCUGAACCGUGAAGAGUGGGAGGGGGCGGCGACGUUUUGUGAAGGGGUUGGUUGUGUCGGUUAACCGGCGGUUAGACUCGUCGGUUAGCCGGUUAACCGCCACAACCAAUUCCCCUACCGAACACCGCCCGCGUAAGCUUUUUUUGGUUAGUCGGUUAACCGGUAACCGCCGGUUAUCGGUUUAACCGACCGGUUAAUCGGCAACCAAUAACCGAACCUCCAGCCCUACAUAUGGUAUGAAAAAGCUUGCCAUGGCGAUAUGAACAUACCAAGAUUUUAGGAUAAUUGAAUACAUGAUAGUAGGAGUAUACUAACUGUCAUUUACAAUUUUCAACAUUGUGUACCACAAGAUACCACUUACCACCCCUAUACCAGGUUGGUAUUGGGUGGUAUUGUGUGGUGUUUUUUGGUCUAGUAUUUUGUUUACCCAGAAAUUUGUAGCUCCAAUAGAUCAUGAUGAACUCGUUUAUUCUGUGCAAAAAAAUUCAAAAAUGACUUUAAAAUGAAGAAUCUACCAUAUGGUAUGCAGUUGGUAGUGAGAGGCAAUAAAAAAAUUCUCAAAAAAUAUUGAAAAUGGAUCUCAUUUUGUAGAGCACAAUGAACUCGUUACAUCUGUGAAAUUUUUUUUUUGAAAUCCAAGUUAAAACGAAGAAGAUAUAAGUCGAUUAAGAAAACAAUGAAAAAUAAAAAUGUCUUUAAUUCUCCACCCUUAGAUCUGGAUUUCUGGGCCCACUUAAAUAUGAUGAUUGAGAUUUGGUUACUGACCGUAUCUGGAGCCGGGAAGUUGAGACGCUAUCGAUGGUUGCGCGAAUUACAUUUGCGCAGUCGGUCCUUUCUUCUCUUCCGAGUUACAACAUGCAGACAACUUUCCUACGACAUCAAACCCGAACGAGCAAAAUGUUGAAUUGAAUCUUUCCAGUUCUCGGUCCAUUGAACAAAAAAGAAAAAAGAAGAUGUGGG